UGCCGUAAAGUGUCGCGUUGUUGUUUACAAUGUGGAGCUGCUGUCCUCACUGAAUGGAGCUAUCUGUUAAAUCUAUUGGUGUUUAACGAUAUUGUUGACAAAGACAACAGUGAUGAUGUCACAGCCCUCUCUGCUGGUCCUGUAUGGCAGUCAGACUGGCACGGCCCAGGACACGGCCCAGAGGAUCGGCCGCCAGGCGCAGAGGAGACGCCUGCAGGUCAACGUGCUGCCUCUGGAUCACUACAACGUGGCCAGCCUGAUCUCUGAGUCUCUGGUUGUGUUUGUGAGCUCUACCGCCGGCCAAGGAGACCCUCCAGACAACAUGAAGAACUUCUGGAAGUUUGUCUUCAGGAAGUCGUUGCCCGUUGGAUCUCUGAGGAACUUGGACUGUGCAGUUCUGGGCCUCGGGGACUCCUCUUAUCCUAAGUUUAACUUUGUGGCGAAGAAGCUCCAGAAGCGCCUCCUGCAGCUGGGGGCCAACGCGCUGCUGCCUGUGGGGCUCGCUGACGACCAGCACGACCUGGGGGCCGACGCAGUGAUCGACCCGUGGCUCGAUGCAUUCUGGGAGAAAGUGUUUUCUCUGUACCCGUCUAUGGCCGCUGUGAUCCCACUGAGGGAAGAUGAACCGCUUCCUCCAACAUACACGUUCCACUUCCUGGAUGAUGUGAGCGAGAAGACAGAAGACAGGCUGAGGAUUCCCACGGAGCAAAGUGUCCCCUCCCAGUCCCGCCCCUUUCCUGCCAGACUGGUGUCCAACUGCAGAGUGACGGACAGCUCACACUUUCAGGACGUGAGGCACAUAGAGUUCGACAUCAGCGGAUCUGACAUCCAGUUCUCUGCGGGUGACGUGGUGAUGAUGUAUCCGUGCAACGCUCUAGAGGACGUUCAGCAAUUCUGUGAACUGCUGAGGUUAGAUCCAGGGGCCACAUUCUCUCUGAGGGCCACAGGCAGCACUGCAGUCCCGCCCCGCCUCCCUCAGCCCUGCUCUUUGCGCCACCUGGUGGAGAAACACCUGGACGUGGCCGCCGUGCCUCGACGCUCCUUCUUUGAACUGCUCUCUACCUUCGCCACCAACGAGGUGGAGAAGGAGAAGCUGCUGGAGUUCUGCUCGGCUGCCGGCCAGGACGAGCUGCACUCGUACUGCAACCGGCCAAGACGCAGCGCUCUGGAGGUCUUGGCAGAUUUCCCUCACACUACAGCAGAACUGAAAGUAGACUUCCUCCUGGAUCUGUUCCCUGAGAUCCAGCCUCGCUCCUUCUCCAUCGCCUCCUCUCUGCAGGCUCACCCACAGCGGCUGCAGAUCCUGGUGGCGGUGGUCCGUUAUAAGACCAAGAUGUACAAACCGCGGAGAGGCCUCUGCUCCAGCUGGUUCGCCUCCCUGGACCCACAGGCACAAGGUGAGGUGUAUGUGCCUCUGUGGGUGAAGAAGGGAAGUCUGAAGUUCCCCAAAGAGAAGGACCCCCCCGUGAUAAUGGUUGGCCCCGGGACCGGACUGGCUCCUUUCCGCUCGGCCGUACAGGAGAGGAUCGCUGAGGGAAAACACGACAACGUUCUGUUCUUCGGCUGUCGCUCUGAAUCCAAAGACUUCUUCUACCGGUCAGAGUGGGAGGAGAAGAUGGAGGCCGGACAUCUGACCCUCUUCACCGCCUUCUCACGAGACCAGGAGGAGAAGGUGUAUGUGCAGCAGCGUGUGAGAGAGAACGCUGAGCUGCUGUGGGAUCUGAUCGCCAACAGAAGUGCCUGCUUCUACAUCGCUGGUAAUGCUAAAGACAUGCCCACCAGUGUGUGUGACGCUCUGAAAGAAGUCUUCCAGCAGGAGGGGGGUCUGUCCUCAGAGGAGGCCGAGCAGAUGCUGCUCACCAUGGAGAGGACGGGUCGAUUCCAGAGCGAGACCUGGUCCUGAAAACAUCUCCGCAAAAUCAUCCAUCAGUCAGCAUCCUUCCAGACCAUUCUCCACCGUGUGAACUGACGGGAGAUUCUCAAUCUGCGUCGCAGCGUUGGUGUCUUGAACGCCACACGGAUAUGAAAUAUGUGCGCAUCAUCCAGUGAGAACAAACCCAUCGUCUGCAGUCAAACACGCCGAAAGAUGGAGGAACAAACAGCCAAAUAAAAGCUUUCAUUUUCAAGAUACCCCGACCCGAGGUAGAAGAAAACACAACCAUGGUUUUCCUUACUACAAUACGUCUGGUUUAUGAAACAGAGGGUUAAAACAUGUGUAUACAACCAUCUGUUUCAUAAACUAAACAUAUUAUAGUGAAUAAAAACAUGGUUGUGUUUUCUUCUACCUCGUGUAUUUCCACUACUUCAACUUGUAGGGGCCACUGUACUAAAAGCAAAGAUGAGAAAUGGGCACAAACGUAAACUGGUACUGAAGGAUUACCCGUUUACAUCCAAGUGGUCUAAAGUCAAGGUCACUGGUUUCUCGAAUAACUCAGAAACGUAUGACAAUUUCUCCCAAUAGGAUAAAAUAAUGAGAUCCUGGACACACGUGGAGGUAAACGGCAGCAUGACUGGUUUUUGGAGGAGCUGUGAGUCGGUGACUUUAGUUAAUUGGGUGACUUAUAUUUAAAUGACUCAACCUAAAUUGUGUGAGAACAGAUUCCUACAUAAAAUUAAAGGAUAACCUGACGGGUAUUUUCAUCCUCAAUUCAUUAUUGUAGCUUACUGAUACACAAUCUUGAAUAUAAUGUAUUAUAAUGUGAUCUGAAGAAGCCGACAGUAUGGCUCAAUGGUGCUGCUCACAUUGUGAAAUAUAACUAACUGAUGUUUUAAAUAUGCCUUAAUAAACUAUCUUAAUCUGAA